UAGAGGGUCAAAUCUCGCGCGCUGAUGUGUGCGGAAGUGUCGAUGGUAACAGCUGGAGACUCUUUGGUGCCAGCAGCCAGGAUCAGAUUCACAGAGCGGGAUUAAAGGCGCAGGCUUCUGGAGGAGACAGGGAUGGACGGAAAUCUGAGCCUUCAUGUGGCGAAUUUCAGCACUUUGUUCGUGUGUAUGGUGCUGAAGUUCCCGCAGAUCUUCGUGCUGCUGCGGGCCAGAGCCGCUGCGGGGGUCAGUCUCAACAGUCUCCUGCUCGAGCUGCUCGGGUUCAUAGUGUUCAUGUCCUAUCAGAUGUAUUAUGAAUACCCACCGCUCACCUACCUGGAGUAUCCCAUCCUCAUUGCACAAGAUGUCAUCGUGCUCCUGUUGAUCCUGCAUUAUAACAGAAACCUCAAGCACAGUCUCAUAUACGCCGCACUGUUUGUGGGUGGAUGGCAGCUGCUCACAGUAAAGAAGUGGGUGAUUGAUUUGGCCAUGAGUCUGUGUACGCUGAUCAGCGGCAGCAGUAAACUGGCUCAGCUUCAGUGUUUGUGGCGCUCCAAGGACUCUGGUCAGGUCAGCUCUCUCACAUGGGCUCUGGCCACAUACACAUGCAUGGCACGGAUCUUCACUACCAUCAUCACCACAGGAGACACACAAGUGCUGGUUCGGUUUAUAGUCAUGACCAUUCUGAACAUGUGGGUUACGGCUACAGUCAUCUACUACAAACCUCGAGCAGUCAAACAGGAUUAGGACAAAAGGUCAUGUGCUGUUUGGAUUGAGCACUUCUGUUAUUCCAGUGUAAAAUAUGUUAAAGGGAUAGCUCAUCCAAAAAUGAAAAUGUACCCAUUUACUCAGACUCAGGUGCUGCUUCACUUUUCUAUGUGAGUUUCUGUCAUCGGUUGAACACAAAUAGAAGAUAAUUUGACAUCUAUAGAACACUCAGAAAAUUCUGUUUGUUCAAAAUGAUUAUUUAAAAUGAGCUGACACAAUACAAUUCUUGUGGUUUUUGGGGGUACAUCCAGGGUGCGAAUAACAGGGGGGUUUGACCCUAUUAAUUAAUGCUUCAUCCCCCUGAAGGACAUCAAAACAAGAUGUAUUGGGGGGGGGGUCAGCUCUUUAAUAGUAAGAAAUAGCUUUUACUGAUCUCUGAUCUAUAUCUUCAAUAUCAAUAAUUAAAAAAUGUAUAAUACAAAUAUACAUUUGACCCCCCAUAACGGUUCACACUAUUCUGAAUGCAUAAUCGCGCUAAUCAAUGCUAGGAAAAAUAUCAUUCAACAGUCUGAAACCAGCACUUCUAGAGCGCCGAUUUACAUCUUAAGUAUUCACAAAACAAGUUUCUUGUAAAACAUGUUUAUAUCUGCAUGUAGACUAAAAAGAGACAAAUUAAGACACAUAAUUUGUAGUUUGACCUACAGUAACCUCUAAAAUAGUCACUAAAUGUCCCUCAAAACACUAAAAACGUAUACAUUUUAUUAAUAAAUGAGAUGUAACUUAAAUACAUUCAUAAAUUUGAUUCACUGACACGUAUUACCAAACUACAGAAAAAGUUGACCCCCUCGAUUGUCAAUGGAUAAUUCGCACGCUGGGUACUUCAACUUAAACUUGUAAAAACAAAAAUGUUUACUUAAUUCCUUCAUGUUGCCCCAACACAAAUCGAUUGUAUAGAACCCAGCAUUUUUUUUUUACAGUGAAGAAAAAAGUGAUAAUAUGGGAGUGGGGGGGAGCGGGGGGAUAUGCUACCAGUUUCCAACAUUCUUCAAAUGAUCUUUUUUUGUGUUAAUCUAAAGAAACUCACACAGGUUUGGAACAAGUGGAGGGAGAGUAAAAAAAUAACAGAAGUUUUGUUUUGGGUGAACUAUCUCUUUAAGAUUCACUGACUUUGAGCGAGUCUGUUCUACAACCAAACCUGUUGUUAUCAGAAUGCACUAUUACUUACAGCUUUCCACAUCUAAUAAUCAGUACUUGCAAGGCGUAUUAAAUAUAUUUUAUUUUUUUAAGCAGAAGAAGGGUUUUCCAAUUAGUUUUUAAUUUGAGAAGAUUCAUGUAUUGACCCCUUUUUUGGAAAUAGUGAUAGGUCUAGUCCACUGGUGUCAAACUCAAUUCCUAGAGGGCAGAAGCUCUGCACAGUUUAGUUGUAACUCUGAUUAAAAACACCUGAUCAAACUAAGUCCAUCAGGAGCAGGAGCAGGGUUGGAACAAAAACCUACAGGUAAUGCUGCGGUCACAGUAGAGUUUGAGCAUGCGAAAUUUUGUUGUACGCCGCUGCUAAAAGGGGCAGGAGUAAACAAGUGAUUAGAUUAGACAUUUAAAAAAAGUAAACGAGUGAUCCAUAUUUUAAAUUUCUGUCCAGAGAGGUCAUGUUUUGAUAUUCGAUUGGUUUCACAGUCACGUGAUGCGAUUUUGCAGGUCAGAGUUCAUCAAGCUUUGCAACACAGUGAACUGCGAAACCUGUCACAUGAGCUUGCGUUUCCAGUCUGACGUAUUCGCGUGAAUAUGAAUGGAAGUCUAUGGGGAGAAAAGUCCAGUGUGACCGCAGCUUUAGUGUGUUGGAGCAGGGUUGGAACUAAAAUGUGUAGGUCAGCACCCCUCCAGGCACUGAGUUUGACUUGGUUUAGUUCAUGGGUCUCAAAUUCCUGGAGGGCUGCAGCUCUGCACUGUUUUGUUCCAAUCCUAAUAAAACACAACUGAUCCAAAUAAUCAAGGUGUUCUAAACUACUGGAGACCAGGGGUUCUCAGUCUUGGUCCUGGAGGUCCGGUGUUCGGUGGAAUCCAAUCAGACACACCCGGGUUAGCUAAUCAAGCUCUUACUAGGCUUUCUAGAAACAUCCUUGAGGCAAGUUGAAACGAAAAUUUGUAGAACACCUGACCUCCAGGACCAAGAUUGAGUGUUUUUUUGAGAAAAACAUAUGCUGAAUAAGUUGGCGGUUCAUUCUGCUGUGGCAACCCCUGAUAAAUAAAGGGAGUGAGCCAAAAAGAAAAUGAACGAGUUGGAAGUGGUUGAAGCUAAACUAUGCCGAGCUGCAGCCCUCCUGGGAUCGAGUUUGUCUAUAUAAACUCGAGUCUAGUCUAUUUAGCCAUGUUUAGCCUUCCUUUACAUUUGUAGUUUUACAUUCUCUGUACUUUUUUUUUUUUGCUUCCUUGCAAGCACUGGUAUUCUCUAUGACAAAUGCAAGUUUAUAUAUAUUUUUUUAUUUUUAGUUGUGGGCCAGAAUGGGUGUCUAUGCAGAACAAUUCUUUCAAUAUAAUAUUUCUAUGAAGAAGAACAAGAAAAGAAAAAAGAUGGCAAUGUUUAAACUGAUGAAUUGCUUUAGUCAUAGCAGAAGUAUGACCAGAAGUAUUAUGAAACAGUGUAGACGUUCCCUCAGUUUUAACUUAACACUUCCUCAUCAUUUCAGUGAGGAUUCUCUCCUGUUCCUCCAGAUGCUUGAGGUUUCUGUUUAUAAAUUCAGUUAUGGUUUUUAAGAUAUACUGUAAAGUAGUUUGGUGUAAUGCAAAUAGUUUUUGACCAAUUUUCAGCUAAACGACUGUUAAAAAAAAAAUUGUUGUAAGGAUACUGAACAGACCGCAGUCGCUCAUUCAGGGAUAAUGUUUACAUAUGCUGAAAUACUGUAUGCAGUGUUUUAUUGUAACGAUUAUUGAUGUGAUAAGCUGGUUCACAUAAUAUUAUUAACGCAAUAAACCAGUAAACAUUUCAGUAAACAUCAAUAUGUUUCUAGUACAAGAUGAUUAUUAAAAGUUUAUAUGAA